AAACUUCUGGCAGAGUCAGCUCGCCUAAAAGAAGCGUAUCCGGGAGGAAAUGCUGAACACAUUGCUCAGCAACAAGUGGAACUAGCCGAGAGCUGGCAGGAGUUGCUCCAUGCUAUUGAUGAUAGGCGAGAUGAGCUGCGCGCUGCUAGAGAUAUGCAUCGUUUCAAUGCUGACGUUCGAGAUCUCCUCGCAUGGGCUGAUAUUACGAUUGCUGACAUGCAGUCGGAGAUGCAGGUUAAUGGUUUACAACAGGCCGAAGGACUUCAGAAGGAGCACUCUCGUCUUCGCGGUGAAAUUACAGCGCGAGCUCCUGAAUUCGAGAAGGUGAAGCAGUCUGGUGAGGCGAUGAUCCAGCGAGGACAUUUUGACUCGCAUAACAUUGCCAAGAAAGUUCAUCAGGUUAAUACUGCAUUUGAUCGUCUUCGAUCUGAAUGGGAUCUUCGUGACAGUUAUCUGGUCCAGUUGGUGCAAUGGCAUGCUCUUCAACAGGAAGCAAAUCAGAUUCUUACUCUGAUCGCCAGUAAAAGAGCAACGUUGCGACAGCUGGCGGUUGGAGGUAGUGUUGCUGAUGUGGAAGGCCAGAAGAAACGUUUAGAUACGUUCGCAAAGGCAUUAUCGACCUUGGACGAGAGGACUAAGAAUUCGACUCGAAAAAGAGCGCCAAGGACAGUGCAGUUCGAUCGAGGACAAGAUGAAACGUCUCCAGAAACAUCAGGCUCUCGAAGCAGAAUUAGCGGCGAAAUCGAAAUCGUGUCGAUCAAGUACUCCAAAGAGGAAAAGAACUUCAUGCAAAGCACAGAGAUGCAGGGAGAAGUCCAUGAACGGAGAGCCAUUACUUCUCGUUGUGAUGGUCUAUACAGUCGUUGGAUGACUCUUGUAGAAGCUUGCGCUGAGCAGUCACGUGCCUUGGAGGAAGCUAGAGAUUUGCUUACGUUCAGGCAGUUGGUUGAUCGUGUGAUGUCGUGGGCUCAUGAGCGAGAGUUGAUGGUGACUGCAGGAGAAAUGGGACGCGACCUAGAACACUGCAAACUGUUGAUUGACCGACUUGACGGCACCAAGGCGGACUCGUCAGUGGAUGAGCAGACGCUCGAACAAAUCAAUCGUCUUGGCGAAAAACUGAUUGGACAAGGAAGAACCAGCCGUGAAGAAGUGCAACAGCAACAGCAGAAUUUGAACCAUACAUGGAAUUCUCUCCACGGAAAACUAGCAGCAUACCGACGUGAACUCGCCGCUGCCCUGGAGGUUCAAUGCAUUCAAUACGAAGUUAUACGAUACUAA